CCGGCGGUGAUUGGUGCAUCCUUCCCACACCUUUUCCAAGCUCCGGUCGCGGACGAUGGCCGCCCAUGAGAACUUCUCGCCGCAGAUCCUCCAGCGCGUGGCCAAGGAGGUCCGGCAGCUGGCGACGAACCCGCCGGACGGUAUCCGGCUCCUGGAGCAGGACUCGCUCGCUGAGAUCCACGUCGAGCUGCGCGGGCCCGAAGAGACACCGUACGUCGGUGGCUUCUUCGAGGUGAAGCUGCUGCUCACCGAUGGUUUCCCGACCACGCCGCCGAAAGGUGUCUUCUUGACCAAGAUCUUCCAUCCGAACAUCGCGCCCAACGGCGACAUCUGCGUCAACACGCUCAAGCGCGACUGGAGUGCCGACCUCGACCUCUCGCACGUGCUGCAAGUCAUUCGGUGCCUACUGAUCGUGCCCUUCCCCGAGUCGUCGCUCAAUGACGAGGCUGGGAAGCUCUUCAUGGAGUGCUACGACGAGUAUGCGCGCCGGGCCAAGAUCCUCACCGACAUUCACGCCACCAAGUCCAAGUUCAAGACGACCGACGCCGGUAGCAACGCUGUAUCGUCUGCGCCCAAGCGCGCUCGCGACGAGAGCGUCGACGACCAGGCGGUGGCGCGGAAGAAGAAAUUGGCCAAAAAGAAGGGGCUUCAACGACUCUAAAAAUGUACUACCUACGAUUCGACGAG